CCCGGGGCAUGCCAGGAGAAGCCCCAGAAUGACCAAAACAUGUGAAGAUCAACUGUAAAUAUGAUUUUAAUUGAUCAACUUUCACGAGACUAUUAUGGCCAAGGCCUAGUUUUCAUCAUUAGCUACAUGAUGUGCGUGUUAAAAGCCUCUUCAGCCUUCAGCAUGUCAUCUAUGACUGUUGCUGCAAACUCCGGGGCAAUCCAACAAAAGGUUACAUACUUACCCAGUAAAUUAUUCAUCAGCAGAUUCUGCACUUUACUGCUACUUUUAGCACUGCUACUUUCAGCCUUGAUCCUAAGUCUAAUUUACAUCCGCUCGUCCGACCAUCUCUGCUGCCAAUUCUACAUCCCCUUCUCCAGCUCAAGCCCAGAGUGGGAUACUUACAGUGCCUACUCUCCCACUGAUAUCACCCACCUGGUUUUUGGAAUCGCCGGCUCUUCAAACACAUGGAAGGACAAGAAAUGGCAGAUUGAAGCAUGGUGGCGGCCGAACAUUACCAGAGGAUACCUCUUCCUGGACAGGCCUCCAACCGAGUAUCUUCCAUGGCCUUCAACUGUCGAUCCGCCAUUUCGAAUCAGAAAGUAUGGCAAGGAUCUGAUACCGUCUGCCAUCGGAAUGGUGAGGACGAUGGUGGAGACGUUUAAAACUGAAAACAGGGGCGAUGUGAGGUGGUAUGUGAUGGCUGAAGAUGACACUGUUCUUUUCGUGGACAAUUUGGUGGAGGUUCUUGGGAAAUACGAUCACAGGAAGUACUACUACAUAGGGAGAAAUUCAGAGUGCAUAGUGAAUAAUGUGCGUGGAGCAUUUGAAAUGGCAUUUGGUGGAGGCGGGUAUGCUUUGAGUUACCCUCUGGCGAAGGCAUUGGCUAAGAACUUGGAUGUUUGUAUCAAAAGGUAUCCCCCUGUGUAUGGGAGUGACCUUAUUCUGCACUUAUGUGUUGCUGAUUUGGGAGUCUCUCUAACUCAUCAGAAGGGCUUUCAUCAGAUUGAUCUACGAGGGGACAUUUCAGGAUAUCUAUCAGCCCACCCACAAUCUCCUCUGCUCUCCCUCCAUCGACUUGAAGCUGUAAAACCCAUCUUCCCCUUCAUGAACCACCGUGAAUCCGUCAGCCACCUCAUGAAAGCCGCAGCAGCUGGCGAACCACGCUUACUGCAACAAACCGUGUGCUACGAUGAUUACAAGCAAAGCAACUGGAGCUUCUCCAUUUCAUGGGGCUACUCGGCUCAUAUUUACGAGAGCUUCAUUCCUCCCAGCAUUCUCCAGAGGCCAAUUGAGACCUUUUUCCCGUGGCAAAAGGGUGCGUAUCCGCCGUACAUGUUCAACACUCGCAGCCCUUCUAGUGAUCCUUGCGAAGCUCCCCACCUUUUCUUCUUCGAUUCGGUGGAGGAGAAGAUCGGCGGCAGCGUUGUUACGAGCUAUGCUCGGAGAUGGCCCCGGAGAAUGGUAGCUUGUAAUUCUUCGAGUAGCCGCCUUUCUGCAGAUCACAUCUUCAAAAUUCAUGUUCUCUCGCCAACAAAAAGGCUUGCUGGGGUUGCAAGUAGAAGAGAAUGUUGUGAUGUUGUAAGCGCGAGUUACAUGAAUGCUUCGGUGAUCAAGCUUAGAGCUUGCAUGCAACAUGAAAUACUGGCCUGACUGUAUUAUCUGUUAAGAUGUUAUCUCUCUCUCUCUCUCUCUCUCUCUAUAUAUAUAUAUAUAUGUAAGUCUUUUGUUUUCAAAAGCAACUUGGCUCACCCAUGUGACCAUGUCUUAUGGCUUGUGAUGUUCGUGAGAUCUUCUAUUAGAACUUCAUUAGGACGAGAACUAUAAAAGCUAAUUUUUGGCUGCAUUUUUGUGUUUUAUUUUGAUAAUUAUUAAAUUUUCCUACAACAAAAAUAAAAUUACAAGUUCAAAUUACUUUGUUUUAGUUUUGGGAAGCUUAUGCUGCAACAUUCAAAUGU